UUACCUGCAGCCAACUCCUGCUCUUUAGAUAUUUUAUUACAGUAACACUUUGGAUUUUUUUUUAUUAAUUGAACAAAUCUCGACCUAGAGUCAGGAUGCAUCUUUCUUAUAUUUUUGGCUGGGGACUUGUCCUGGCUUUACUCUGCUUGAGGUUGGAAGCAAAACCCACUGUUCAGGCUCAACAAAAGUCGCUCCGUAGUGUGCUGGGGGAUGAACUGGCUGAAUAUUUGGCAUCUGGUGAAAGGGGGGAGAGGAAUAUUGACCCGAAAACCCGAGCUCGCCUCCUACGGGACCUGCGUGCUGACACCCGAUCUCGGGCUGCCUGGGCCAGAUUACUUAACGAAUACCCCAACACCCGAAAAUACAAGGGAGUCAACAAGAAGGGGCUCUCCAAAGGCUGCUUUGGGCUCAAGCUGGACAGGAUCGGAUCAAUGAGCGGCCUGGGGUGCUAGGACCUGGAGUGCCAUCUAGUGGCGGCUCCCAAACAUCGACAAUGGUUUUCUGCUCACUGGUCGUUAUCCUGUCUUAGAUUGGGCGCCCAGCCGAGAAUCUGAAGCUACCACAAGCCCCAGAUGUCUCGGCAGGGGGAGGGACUGGCCGGUACAAAGGGACACAGGACCUGCUGUUACCACUUGUUUGUCUUCAUUCUGUUCCCAGCGUUGUGUACAUAUCUGUAACGAGGGGCUGCCUACAUCAUGUUCUCAGAUGGGUGCUCAGACUGGAAGACUGACGUGUGCUCCUCAUGUGUAGGGCUACUAGGCUCUGUAUGUGCCAAAACCAUUCCUAUUCCAUGGCCUCUAUAGAACUCUUCCCCAGGCUACACUUAACCCCUUAUAAGCCACCACGGUUGUCAUCUGACCUUGGAAAUAACCACUACAAGAUUUUGAGAGCUGCUGCUUGGAGGGUGACGUCUGAUGGUUGGCACUGAGGAAUGGGGUUUCAUGUUCUUGCUAGUGCCCAACCACUAAAUUGCUAUAUACAGAACCCAUGCAAAACUAGAAUACUUCAAUGCAUUCUGCGAAGAUUAUACCAGUCAAAUGCCAAGCAGGGAGAUUUAGAACUGUAUAGUCCGACUUUAGUACUAUUUCAUUAAUUUAUCUGUUAAAUGGAAUGUUUUGCAUGUAACUCAUACUGUGGUUUGUUUUAUUCUGCAACAAAAUGCUGAAGAAGCAUGGCAGCAAAAUGUGCACAUGUACACCAGCAAGGGAUACAGCUCUGCCUACCAACUGCUGCUGAUCACGAUGCAUUAAAACAUAGCAAAAUCAUACAAAAAUGUAUUUUGUGAUGAAAACUGUAGCUUUUCUUUAGGUCAGAUAACACAAUUCCAAGGAAUCUUUGGAUACUGUGUAACAGUUUUCUUUUUGUGCAAAAUCUUAAGAAUAUGACUCAAUUCAUUGUUUAACUAAAAUCUGGAAAUCUUUGAGGACUUUAGUGCAUUUCCUUUGUAUGCAUAGCUUAAAUAACUCAUAUGGCCUUCAUCAUAUUCCUGUGUCUUUGACUGUAGCCUUCAUAGAUGAGUAACAGUAUAUGGCAGAUUAGGUUGCAAAGAAUGUAUAUUUAGAAUGACUCCUGCAAGAGAUGACUUGCAGCUGGAACACAUUAUAUAGAAGACUCUUCCAUCAGUGGUUGUGUAAAACUUUUUUUUGUUAGACAGAUGUAAUGUAGUCUUAGACAAGAGGUACUGCACCUCAAUUAAUAAAUACACAUUUAUUUGACUGUAGCAGUCCUGUUUCAUUUCCUAUCUAGUCAGGUACAAGUUACUGGGGAAGUUCUUAGGCAGCUAGUUCUAUUUUGUGAUAAUUCCAAGAAUCACUACUUUUAGAUACAGGUGAAAAUAGGCCAUUUAGAGUAAGCAAGACACAAACAACUGAAUGAAAACACAUAGUACCCAUCACUAACUGAGCUCUCAGGCCUUAGCAAGAAGUAAUUGUCCCAUGAAGCAGCACAAGAGAUGUCUCCCGGGAUACAUGUAACAGGUGUGGAAGGCUGGCAGAGCUGUCUGUAAGAUCACUACAUGCAUUCAUGUAUUUAUGUUGUAAAGCUAUUUAUAUUGUUUAUAAAUAUAUAUUUAUAAAGAAUUUUUAUUUAUGUAAUUGAAUGAACGGGGUCAAACAUUGUAACAUUUUGUCCUAAACUGUUGAAACAUUUUAAGAUAAAAGAAAUCAUUCCAUGUA